UGGAUUCCAAGUCCUCCCACUCAGUGAUUAGCACUGAACACAGAACACUCACCAUGGACUUGAUGCUCAGCUGGUGUUUCCUUGUCUUUAUUUUAAAAGGUGUCCAGUGUGAGGUGCAGCUGGUGGAGUCUGGGGGAGGCCUAGUGCAGCCUGGAAAGUCCCUGAAACUCUCCUGUGCAGCCUCUGGAUUCACCUUCAGUAGCUAUUACAUGGCCUGGGUCCGCCAGGCUCCAGGGAAGGGACUGGAAUGGGUCGCAUACAUUAGUAGUGGUGGUGGUACCACCAAUUAUGCGGAUGCUGUGAAAGGCCGAUUCACCAUCUCCAGGGAGAAUGCCAAGAACACCCUGUACCUGCAAAUGAACAGUCUGAGGUCUGAGGACACAGCCAUGUAUUACUGUACCAGAGUCACAGUGAUACAAUGUUACUGUGAGCUCAGACACAAACUUCUCUUCAAGCAAAUAACGCUUAAAAUUAAGACUUUUCAAGGUGUUUUUGAAAAUGAGAACACAGAAAUGGUCCAAAAUCUAAAGUACAAAGAUCACAGUGCUAUUAAUGAAAUCUAUCACUGGCAGUUUGUCAAGGAAAAUAAAGUUAAACUGUUUGGUGUCCUGUCCCAGGUGCACCUGAAGGAGUCAGGACCUGGCCUGGUGCAGCCCUCACAGAUCCUGUCUCUCACCUGCACUGUCUCUGGAUUCUCAUUAACCAGCAAUGGUGUACACUGGGUCUGCCAGCUAAGGAUCUGGAUUGGAUGGGAAGAAUAG